CCCGUACAUUUUCCCACCAACUAUAACUCCCCAAUCCCGUUCUGUUAUCAUACUCUGUUUCUCCUCUGUUCUGCUCACAAUGGUUCCCUGAGCCUUUAACCACAUAGAAAUUCAUGUUUGAGCUAAUGAUAAUCCCUGAAAGUGAUAUAUAACAUCUGGGUUUAUUGUAUUUCUCAAUGGGGUAUCUCUAAAAUCUGCAGAAAAUGAGUUUCUACAGUGGUGUGUUUAUAGGCAUCACCCUCGGCAUCGGGUUGGUCAUCGCCUUCGCUCGUUAUGGAAAUAUCCGAUCCAGGCGUCGUGCCGAUUUGGCUAAGACGGUGGCUGCAUUUGCAAGAUUGACAGUGGAAGACUCAAGAAAGAUUCUUCCAGCUCAGUUUUAUCCAAACUGGGUUGUAUUUUCAGAGCGACAGAAGUUAACAUGGCUUAAUCUUCAACUUGACAAGAUUUGGCCAUAUGUUGAUGAGGCAGCAUCAGAGCUGAUAAGAACCAAUUUGGAGCCAAUUCUUGAGCAAUAUAGGCCAGCAAUCUUAGAUUCACUCAAGUUCUCCAAGUUCACCCUUGGCACUGUGGCUCCACAAUUCACAGGAGUUUCCAUUAUUGAAAGUGAAAGUGAUGCUCGGGGAGUCACUAUGGAGUUGGAGAUGCAGUGGGAUGGUAACCCAAAUAUUAAACUUGAUAUAAAAACCAGAGUUGGUGUGGCACUACCUGUACAGGUAAAAAAUAUUGGACUCACUGGGGUUUUCAGGUUAAUUUUCAAACCACUUGUUAAUGAUUUCCCUUGCUUUGGAGCUGUUUCUUAUUCACUGAGAGAAAAGAAAAAGCUGGAUUUUACUCUUAAAAUUGUGGGUAGUGAUAUAUCAACAAUCCCAGGGAUUUCUGAUGCUAUUGAGGGAACUAUACGGGAUGCUAUUGAAGAUUCUAUAACAUGGCCAGUACGGAAAAUUUUUCCUAUAUUACCUGGGGAUUAUAGUGACCUAGAGUUGAAGCCUGUUGGAACAUUAGAAGUGAAGCUAGUGCAAGCGAAGGACUUGACAAACAAAGACGUCAUUGGGAAAUCUGAUCCUUUUGCUGUCUUAUUCAUACGCCCACUGCAUGACAGAACGAAAACCAGCAAAACAAUUAAUAACCAAUUGAAUCCAGUCUGGAAUGAGCACUUCCAGUUCAUUGUUGAAGAUGCAUCUACACAGCAUUUGACUGUAAGAAUUUUUGAUGAUGAAGGGAUUCAGGCUCCCGAACUCAUUGGUUGUGCUAAAGUGCCACUGAAGGACCUUAAGCCUGGUAAAGUUGAGGAUUUGUGGUUGAACCUGGUGAAGGAUUUCGAAGUUCAAAGAGACACUAAAUACAGGGGCCAAGUGCACUUGGAGCUCUUGUACUGUCCUUUCGGAACAGAAAGUAGCUUUAAAAACCCUUUUGACCCCGAAUACUCAAUGACCUGUUUGGAGAAGAAGGCCCUUAAGAGUGGAGCUGAUGGAAGAGAGGUUGGUGAUCUUGGAAAAACCACAAAGCAAAAGAAGAGUAAUGUCAUUGUAAGAGGAGUAUUAUCUGUUACAAUAAUAGCUGCUGAAGACUUACCAGCAGUAGAUUUGAUUGGAAAGGCCGACCCCUUUGUUGUCCUUAUUAUGAAAAAAUCUGAAACAAAAGCCAAGACUAGGGUUCUAACCAACACCUUAAAUCCGGCCUGGAAUCAAACAUUUGACUUUGUUGUGGAGGAUGCAUUACAUGAUAUGUUGAUUCUGGAAGUUUGGGACCACGACACUUUUGGGAAGGACAAAAUAGGAAGAGUCAUCAUGACCCUCACAAGGGUCCUAUUGGAAGGGGAGUUCCAGGAUAGUUUUCCCCUGGAUGGUGCUAAAUCGGGAAAGCUUUAUUUGCAUCUCAAGUGGAUACCAGACCUUAAAUUCCGGGAAACCUAAUCUAUAUGCUACUUUGUAUUCUCUUGUCCUUCUUCCAUUCUUCUCCAUUUGUGUGGCAUUAUCAAUUUACCAUUGGAGUUUUUGUUCUUUUUAAGUAAGAUUGAUCUAAAGGUGGAUUGACAAUACCACAUCAGCGGAGAAGGAUAAGAGAAUACCACAUAGCAUAUCUUGUCUAUGUAACAUUGCAGACGUCAGAGUUGACUUCAAACUCCAUUGAAUUUCCUUCCCACCCAUAUAAGAAUGGCAUUGGCUGUUACCAUUAUGUCAACCUGUAAAGAGAAUUGAAGGAAAACACUCGAAGCUUUUCUUGCCAUAGCUAGAAGAAAUCUCAAGGAGCACAGUCACAGAGUACAAAUUGUUUGGCAUGAUGGCAUUCACUGAUAGCAACAUCUUCACAAUGUUCAUGAAGAUUACGAUGAGAAGGGAGAUGUUUUCAUAGGACACAAGAUGUUCAAGCUUGUCUAAGCUUCCACAGGUCAUUUAUUCAUUAAAAUUCCAAAUAAAAUGUCUUUUUUUUUCUUUUUUUUUUUUCUU